UUAAAGUAGUCAUUCCAGUCGUUUCUAAGCGUAUGCACGGUCUAAGAGUCUCAGACGUCACGCGCGCUUCAGCGGCCCCGGAACAACUUUGAUUUUUAUCUUCAUCCUUAGACUUUAGGGCCCCGGCGUUAGCUGACCUUUCUGUUGUUCGCUUCGCUCUGCAGUCUCCCCGCUCCCUGGAUUUCGAAAUGCUUUACUUGAUCGGCUUGGGCCUGGGAGAUGCCAAGGACAUCACAGUCAAGGGCCUGGAAGUUGUGAGACGGUGCAGUCGAGUGUAUCUGGAAUCCUACACCUCAGUCCUGACUGUAGGGAAGGAAGCCCUGGAAGAGUUUUACGGAAGAAAAUUAAUUCUUGCUGACAGAGAAAAAGUGGAAGAAGAAGUAGACCAUAUUUUUAAAGAUGCUGAUGUCACUGAUGUUGCGUUCCUUGUGGUUGGGGAUCCAUUUGGGGCUACGACACACAGUGAUCUUAUUCUGAGAGCAAGGCAGUUGGGAAUCCCUUAUCAGGUUAUUCACAAUGCCUCCAUACUGAGUGCUGUAGGCUGCUGUGGUUUACAGUUGUACAAGUUUGGAGAAACAGUUUCUAUUGUUUUUUGGACGGACACUUGGAGACCAGAAAGCUUCUUUGACAAAGUGAAGAAGAACACACAGAAUGGCAUGCACACAUUGUGCUUACUUGAUAUCAAAGUGAAGGAACAGUCUGAGGAGAAUCUCAUCAGGGGAAAAAAGAUCUAUGAACCUCCUCGGUAUAUGACUGUGAACCAAGCAGCCCAGCAGCUUCUAGAAAUUAUUCAAAAUCAGAGAGCACGCGGGUCAAAAUCAGUCACUGAGGACACACUCUGUGUUGGCUUAGCCAGAGUUGGAGCUGAAGAUCAGAAAAUUGCAGCAGGCACAUUACAGCAAAUGUGUACGGUGGACUUGGGCAAGCCAUUGCAUUCUUUGGUCAUUACAGGGAACAACCUGCACCCACUGGAGAUGGAAAUGCUGAGUCUCUUCUCUAUACCGGAAUCCCAAAGAAUUAAUGGACUCUGAACAUGGACAUUUUCUGUUGUCCCACAGUUCAUCUAGACUGGGGUGUGUGGUAUUUAUGUGGCUAAUGGCAGGGGGCUGUCAUUUAUCUAGAAAAUAUAACAGAAGUGACCAAAAAGAAGUGAGUUGACCUACCAGUGUUUGGCUUCCUGCAGUAGUUUUCCCCCAUUUCAUCAUUAGUUGUUACGGUAGCAUUAGUUGGCUGCUUGCCAGGAUGUACACACAUGGAGCAAACCAAGCCAGAAAAGUGCGGCUGGGCAUCCACACAUUUCAGAGCAUUUUCAUAUAUGAAACGAGUCAAUGCUAGGAGGUUGGUACCAAGAAUAAGCUUUGGGGAAGUUGGCAUAUGAAGCACACGAACCCUGUUUUUAAGGGAUAAAGAAGCAUGAAGUAACAAGCAAAUAGAAGAUGGGUAACUAUUCAUAUUUUGUUUUAUUAUCUCCUUAUAAAAGUGUAGUUAUUGGGGACUGGGGCCAUGCCUUAGUUGGUUCAGUGCUUCUGUGCAAACACUAAGCUUAAAUCCCCAGCACUGAUGUGAAAAUUUAAGUGUGGCAGCAUAUGACUUUAAUCCUAAUGCUAGGGUGAGGAGCAAGGCAGGCAGAUGCCUGGAGCUUUCUGCUUAAUCUGUGUGUGCCUUAUUCAGUGAGAGAUACUGUUUCAAAACAAAAGUUGAUAGCUGAGUGUGGUGGCACAUUCCUUAAAUCCCAGCACUCAGGAGUCAGAUAGGUAGAUUUCUGAGUUCGAGGCCAGCCUGAUAUACAUAGCAAGUUCCAGACCACCUUGUGUUUAAUAAUAAUAAUAAAAU